AUGCAGAAUAUGAAUCAGAGACAGCGCGAGUUGUAUGACAAGGUCAAGAAUGCGAGUGGACAACUCGAUCAGAUUGGGAAGAAGAUUGGCGACGCAGAAGCACAGGCCAUUGCUGAAGCACUCAAAGUGAACACGACGUUGAAGGAGCUCCUUCUGGGUGACAAUAAGAUUGGCGAUGCUGGAGUGCACGCGAUUGCUGAGGCACUCAAAGUGAACACGACGCUGACUUUGCUCUUCCUGGACUACAAUCAGAUGGGCGAUUCUGGAGCACAGGCGAUUGCUGAGGCACUCAAAGUGAACACGACGCUGACUUUGCUCAUUUUGUCCCAGAACUUCUUGACCAAGGCUGGAAUCGCUGCACUCAGGCAAACGGGCAAUACCAUUUGUAAAUUCGAUCAUGACUUCGGCAAGCUUGACAACCAGCGUGUUCCAUCGCUUGCCGACUUGGCCCAGAUUGCGGCUCGUGCCGCAGCGAAUGUAGCAGAGAUUCAGCAACUGCGCGCCAAUCAGCUCUUGAUCGCAACAACAGACCAGGAGCUCGCUGCCAAAGUGCAGGACCUGCAACAACUUCGCUCAAAUCUCGUUGCCAAGGAUCAGGAGCUUGCAACCAAGGAUCGUGAACUGAAGUCAGCUCUUGAUCGGAUCGAAGUACUUGAGCGCAACCAAGCCAGCUGUGGAUCUUUUUCGAACUUUGACGGACCCAUCCCACAAGUGCCUCUCGCCACUCUCGCCUCCGCCACGAACAACUUUGCUGAUGACUCUCUGGUCGGCGAAGGAGCAUUUGGUCGUGUGUACGGCGCCAGUCUGCCUGGACCGACUGUUCCGGUCGCCAUUAAGAAGCUGUCCGCCGAAUCGAUCCAAGGCUAUGUCUCAUUUCAAGCUGAAGUGAACUCUUUGUCUAAAUUCCGUCACCCCAACAUCAUUGCCAUGCUGUCGUUUGCCGAGGCUCAGAGUGAAUAUUGCUUGGUUUACGGGUUCAUGCCAAACGGUUCUGUUCGCGAUCGCUUGAAUCUGAAGAACAACACUCCCGCGUUAACCUGGUCUCAGCGCCAUCGAAUUGCGGCCGAUGUCGCCCGCGGCAUGCACUACGUCCAAACCGCAUUCCCUGAUCAUGUUCUGUUCCAUCUCGACCUCAAGACGGACAAUGUUCUUUUGGACGCGCAUUUCAACGCAAAAGUUUCGGACUUUGGUCUUGUUCGUGUUGCCCAGCUCGAUGACAAGAGCUACCUUCGCACAUCGAACGUCCAAGGUUCCAAGGCUUACAUGUGUCCGGUGUUCUUUGGUGAGAGUAAGAUUACCAUCAAGACGGACGUCUAUGCUUUUGGCAUGAUUCUACUCGAGCUAGUGACCGCCGCCAAGCCUGGGCCCACACUGAAAACUGAUAUGCGCAAGGCUGUGAAAACCCAGAAAUUCGUUGAGAUGCUGGACUCGGCCCUCAAACCAAGCGAGGCGGAGCUCCAGAGCAUCAGCGAGCUUGUCACGCUUGCGCUGGAGUGUCUUGACGAAGCUGCCGACGAUCGCCCAUCCUUUGGGCAACUCAUUGCUCAAUUGGACACUUGA